AGGAAGCGACUCUCAGUCUCAUUCGGGGGUUUCUCUCGGUGAGCGCUUCAUGUGAUGCUAGACUGACACACUUCCUUUACUGGUUUUGUAUAGUUAUGUUUUUAUUUUAUUAAUAACUAAUACACGUAUGUUAAAUUACAAGAGAGAGAGAGAGAGAGAGAGAGAGAGAGAGAGAGAGAGAGAGAGAGAGAGAGAGAACGAGAACGAGAACGAGAACCGGACCGGACCGGGCUGGGCUGGACUGGCUGGACUGGGAGGCAGCAUGCGGCGCUGGAACGGUGUGGUCUUUCUGCAGCUCCUCACCUGCGCAGUGAGAGCUCUCUGGCAGGGUGUUUCAGUCUCUCAGUCUCCCUCAGCCCUGACUGUUUCGUGGAAUGGCUCUGUCACUCUGAACUGCAGCUUCCAGACCCCGGCGGGUGCUGACAGGGUCCGGGUGGAGUGGAUCCGACACAGCCAGCAGGCCGGGACCGACAAAGACUGCCCGAAGCAGAGCAAGGUGUCGGACACGGUGCUCCACGGCAACAAGACAGAAACCCAGUCCAAUCAGGACACCUUCCAGCGUGUGGUGCAGCGGACCUGGUACAAUGGCUCAGCCCUCACCCUAAACCAGCUCACCCCCCAAGACUCGGGACACUACUUCUGCAGAGUCAUCCUGGAGAUCCCCGCGCUGCAGACCAGCUGUGGGAAUGGGACCCUGCUGUGUGUAGAGGAACGGCCUGAGCAGCUCGAGAUUCCUCUCUCACACUGGGUGCUGUGGCUGCUGGUGGGACUGGGAGCACUGGGAGCUGUGCUGGGAGCGGUGUGGCUGUGCCGCUGCCUGUAUGGAAGGUGGAGGAGGAGCAGCCCGCAGCUCACAGAGAAUCAGAUCUAUGAGAACAUGGUUCGGAGAGUGAAGCCGUCCCCCCCCCCCUCCAAGGAGCAGCACAGCUGUGAGCACGGGCGCGUCCAGAGGAACGGUGCGUCCCAAACCACCCGCGACACGCUCAACACAGAGCUGCGAAGAUGCCUCUGCACCCCUGAUCCGAGGAGCGGACCGGAGCGGCCCUGAUCCGAGGAGCGGACCGGAGCGGCCCUGAUCCGAGGAGCGGACCGGAGCGGCCCUGAUCCGAGGAGCGGACCGGAGCGGCCCUGAUCCGAGGAGCGGACCGGAGCGGCCCUGAUCCGAGGAGCGGACCGGAGCAGCUUCUUAUGGGAGGUUUGUUGAUGGGGGAAAGACAACACCUGUAGAACUCACCUCUUCCCAUCUGGACAGUCUAGCACUCUGCCUUUAAUGCACUCAGCUUGCCCUGAUCUGCUCCCUGUUUCACUGUGUUUAAUCCUGCACUCAACCCAGUCUGUAGUAUCUUGUAUUUCACCUGCACUCCUAUCUAAUCCUGAUGUAACUGUCAACACUGUUCUCUGCUCCUGAGCUGCUCCCACAUCAAAUCGUACUGGGUUUUGUAUUUGCUCUUAUCAGGACUGAAGUCCUUGUAUUUUAUAUCUUGCUCUUAAUUGUACUGGAAUUCUUGAUCUGUAUUUUUUGUGAGUCACCCUGGGUAAGGACGUCUGCUAAGAAAUAAAUAAUAAUAAAGUCAGAAACAAUUUCUAAAACUGCGUGCAAAACUAACGGUGCAGAACUACACUGGGUAAUAAACUGUUAGUGGCUGCAGGUCUUUGUAUGCAAGUGAUCUCUGGAGAAUAUCGUUGCCAGUGCUGAGGGGUAUUGAGUCCGGGUCUGUGGAAGGAGUAAUCACUCCUCUAAAUAGUGCUGGACUGUACGCAUCACACAUGUCAAAGUAAUGAAUGACAUUUAGCUAGUGGUUUUAUAUCAGAGUUUAUCUAAUAAACAGGACCAGAUCUUGAGAUCUAUUAUCACUGGGAAUGUAUCUGAUUCCUCAGCAACAUGGACAGGAAGUGUACGACAGUAGAAGUAAUGGGGAGCUUAUGACCUGCAGUUUGCAGUUCUCACCAGCAGAGGGCUCCCUAGCACAGGCAGUCGUGCUCUGCGUCUGUGACGCGUCAUAAACGCUCGGUUUGCACAGAGAUGCGCUGAGACUAGUUAUCGCUUCCAUUGAUCCCGGGGCUCGAUCUGGUUACUUCUAUAGAAACCUGUUUGUUUAAUUUGAAGUUCUAUGUGAUGCUGAUGUGUAAAUAAAUUGAGAUUAUUAUUAU